AUGUCUGAGGAUCAGGAAGCACAGACUGAUGAACUGCUGGCUCUAGCGAGUAUUUAUGAUGAGGAGUUUCGCCGAGCCGAAUUCAGCCGUGAAGGAGAAAUCCACCUGUGUCUGGAGCUUCCCCGGGACUUCAAGCUGCUGGUCAAAGGGGAUAAAUGCGUGGAGUACAGCGUGUCCUUUCUGCCUCCUUUGGUCUUGAGUUUCGAGCUUCCUGUCGAUUAUCCUUCCUCAUCAGCGCCAAUGUUUAUGCUGAGCUCCAAGUGGCUCUCUAGACUCCAGCUGACGUCUUUGUGUAAGCGUCUGGAUGACCUGUGGCAGGAGAAUAAGGGCAGUGUGGUGCUCUUCACCUGGAUCGAGUUCCUCAAAGACGAGGCUUUGGACUUCCUGGGCCUGCAGUCUCCUCUGGAGAUGGCCAGCAUCAGUACCAAACAUUCUCAGCUAGAGAGCUGCAGAACCGAUGGAGCCACCAACCGAGCUGAAAGCGCAGGCGUAGAGAAGAAGAAGCCGGUGGAGCUGGACCCCCGUGCGGUCCUGGAGUCGCACAUGGACUUGCUGUGCCAGCUCCUGGACUUUGACGAAGCUCAGACGCAGAAGUUCUUUGACAGUAAGGUCUUCUGCUGCGGGAUCUGCUUCUCUGAGAAGCCGGGCUCCAGCUGCACGCUCUUUAAAGGGUGUCAGCACGUUUACUGCAAAGCCUGCAUCAAGGAGUUCUUCCAGAUCCAGAUCCGAGACGGCCAAGUUCAGUGCCUUACCUGCCCCGAGCCCAAGUGCGCCUCUGUAGCGGCCCCUUCCCAGGUGAAGCUGCUGGUCGGCGAGGACGAGUUUGCGCGCUACGAUCGCUUGUUGCUUCAGAACACCCUGGACCUGAUGUCCGACGUCAUGUACUGUCCCCGCAGGUCCUGUGGCUCGGCCGUGGUGCUGGAGCCCGACUCCACCAUGGGCCUGUGUCCGGGCUGCCGCUACGCCUUCUGUACGCUGUGCAAGCACGCCUACCACGGCCUCUUCCACUGCCUGCCUUCCUCCCAGGAGCUUCAUGACCUGCAUGGGGAGUACAUGGCUGCCUCUAAGGAUAGGAAAAGAUUUAUGGAGCUGCGUUUUGGGAAGCAGGCGAUGCGGCGUGUUGUGGAGGAGACCUGCAGUAAGAAGUGGCUGAAAAAGAACUCUAAAUCCUGCCCUUGCUGUGGAUGUCACAUUCAGAAGAUAGAAGGCUGCAACAAAAUGACCUGCUCCACCUGUGGUCAGUACUUCUGCUGGAUCUGCAGGACUCCUCUGUCCCGAACCAACCCCUACAGCCACUACAGGAACCCCAAACUGCCCUGCUACAACAAGUGCUUCGCGCGCGCUUUGCGUUCUUUAGAGAGCCACGAGUCGCGCUGCAUUCCUGGGGAUCGCCGAGGCACGAGAGACGGAGUCACCCCUCCUUUCUCUCGCCCUCUCUUCCGAUCGCGAAGUCUCCCCUUCCACUUCCACUCCGUGCACUCCGGUGCUUUUCGUGAGUGUGUAGAAGAGGCUUGCUCUCCUGCUUCUGGGGAAAUGGAAGUAGCUACCUCAGAACGCUCCUCUAAGGAAGAUAAAGAGUAUGAGGAGCUGCUUAAAGUCAUAACGCGUGCAGUCGAGCGGCUGCACAUUGAUUGGCCACAGGAGCAAGCCUUCCCCAAACGCUCAAAAUUAGAUGACAAAUUUCUGUCGGGUGGCCAGGAGUUGGAGCCACAACGUCGCUCUCUCCCCUUUUUUGACGACCUCCACAACGAAUUAACUCAUUCAUGGAGCAAGCCUUAUUCAUUCCGUAUUUUUGUUCCAUCAACUUCGUCUAUGCGAAUGUUGUUGAUGCAAAAGCACGUGGUUACAUGGUGA